AUGUCAACAUCCACCUUGAGUUACAACAUCUACAAUGCUUUUUAUGCUGUGGCGUGGGCUCUCCAUGAAAUACUGAUGAAAAGAUCCCUGGGAAAUGAAGAAUCUGCAUUGCCUCAUCCAUGGCAGCUUCACUCCUACCUCAAGAACAUCCAGUUUGAGAAUAUUGUUGGUGAGCAGGUGUUUGUGGAUGAGAACAGACGCACAGAGGCUCACUAUGCCCUUAUGAACUACAUAUACUUCGAUUAUCGUAAUGGUCAUGUUCUCUAUGUGGGGGACUUUAUCCCAGAAGCUCAGCUCGGUCAAGAUUUUACAAUUUGUGCAAAUGUCAUAGUGUGGGACGCAUGGAGUUCAAAGGUCCCCUCUGCCGUAUGUAGUGCCAGUUGUCCUGCUGGAUUCAGGAAGUCACCUUUGGAGGGGAAGCCUCCUUGUUGCUUUAGUUGCUCCCCAUGCUCAGAAGGAGAAACCUCCAAUUAUAUAGAUGCUGAGCAGUGUAAGAAGUGCCCAGAGGAUGAAUAUCCCAAUGAGCAGAGAGAUCACUGCCUCCCCAAGACUGUGACCUUCCUGGAUGUGAAUGAACCCUGGGGGAAGGCAGUGACAGCUGUAGCUGUUUCACUCUCAUUGCUCACGGUCCUGGUUCUGUGGGUCUUUGUGAAAUUCCAAGACACUCCCAUAGUCCAAGCCAAUAACAGGAACCUCAGCUACCUGCUCCUCACCUCCCUUUCCUUCUGCUUCCUCUGCUCCUUGCUCUUCGUGGGCCGUCCCACCACUGCUUCCUGCCUUUUCCGACAAACAGUCUUUGCAAUUGUGUUCACAGUGGCUGUUUCCUGCAUUUUGGCCAAAACCAUCAUCGUGGUUCUGGCUUUCAGGGUGACAGGGCCAGGGAGCAGGAUGCGGAUGUUCCUUCAUCCCAGAGUGCCCUACUGUGUGGUUCUCAUCUGCUCCGGAAUCCAAGGGCUUUUCUGUGCCAUCUGGUUGGGGACCCAUCCCCCCUUUCCAGAGGCAGACACACGUUCUGAAUCCAGGCACAUCAUCCUCACGUGUAACGAGGGCUCCGCCUUUGCAUUUUACUGUGUCCUGGGCUACAUGGGCUUUCUGGCCCUGGGCAGCUUCACCAUAGCCUUCCUGGCCAGGAACCUGCCCGAUGCCUUCAACGAGGCCAAGCUCAUCACGUUCAGCAUGCUGGUGUUUUGUAGCGUCUGGGUCUCUUUCCUCCCCACAUAUCAGAGCUCCAAAGGAAAAGCCGUGAUGAUUGUGGAGAUCUUCUCCAUCUUGGCCUCCAGUGCCGGGUUACUGGGCUGCAUUUUUAUUCCCAAAUGUUUUGGGAUUCUCCUGACAUCGUGGGAAAAUAACACAAAACAGAAGAAGAGUCAAAGGAGUUCCAGGAGCAAGAAUUCUUCUUCUUUUUUUUUAAUGUGAUAUCUUUAUUUUCCCCUUUCCAUGUAAAACAAUAUUUGUAACUUUUUAAAAAGGUUUGCCUUCCACAUUCUCUCCCUUCUUCCCCAACCCCAGAACCACUGAGAUACCACAUGUGCAGUUACACAAAAUAUUUAUAUAAAUGCCUUGUUGAGAAAUAUACAUGCAUCAUUCCUUGGGUUAAUAAAAAGAACUCCUAAAAAUAAAAUUUUUACAAACUGUGUAACAUCCAACAGUUUCAUCAUAAAGACCUUCAGAGCAGUUUUGGACCAUUUUGUUGUUGAAAAAGCAAAGUUAUUCACAGGUGACCAAUCCACUCUAUUGCUUGACUUUGUACACAUUACAUUUCAGUUUUCAUAUGUUCAUGUAUCUUUUCAGAUUUUUCUGGUCAUCAUAGUUAUGAAUCAUCAAAGUAUUCCAUCAUAAUUACAUACCACAAUUUCUUCAGCCAUUCUGCAUUUCAUGAGAAUUCCCUCAAUUUCCAAUUCUUUCCCCAAGAACAGAGGUCACACCAGUUAUUUUUGUACGUGUAUUUCCUUUUCCUUUUUUUCUUAAUCUCUUUUAGGAUUCAAGCCAUGUUGAGUUAGUUUUAGGGGGAUGAAUUUGCCUAAUUUUAUAGUCUUUUCAACAGAUAUCAUACAUUUUUACCAAUAUCAGUUGGGAACUAGCUCAUAUUUUAAUACUUUUCAUUCCUUUAUCUCUACAUUUGAGAAGAGCUGUUUGCAGCAAAGAAAGUUGCUUCAAAAUUGUUUCCAUAUUGACUAUUGCUAAUUAUAUUUUCCCUGAUUAUUCUAUUUUGAUUUUUUUUCAAUUUAUCCCUCAUGAAAGGGUUUUACUUUUCAUCACACAUUUCACAAUAUUCCUUCUCUUUUCUCACCCUAGCCCCUGAUCUUGUCCUUUUAACGUUUUACUACCUUGCAAAAUAAUAUAUCUUUCUCUAUCAAUGUUGAGUGUGUAUGUUAUUUCGUCUUAGAGCCAAUUCGAAUGAGUAUAAUAUUCACUCUCUUUCUCUUUCUCCCCUUUCCUUCCCCUCUACUAAAUGCUUUAUGUUGCCUUUUUAAUAGAAGAUAAAUUAUGCCAUCCUCCUUCUCCCUUUCCCUUUCUCCCAACACAUUCCACCAAACCUUUAAUUUAAUGUAAUUUCUUUCAUAAAGUAUUCUUUCAUAUUCAUAUUCAAUGCACACCUAUGCACUCUGUUUAUAUAUACUCCUUCUAACUUCCCUAUUAAUGGGAAAUUUCUCAUGAAUUACAAGGCUCAUCCUCCCAUGCGCAAAAGUAAACAAAUUAAUCAGGUUAAGUCCCUUAUGAUUUCCAUUUCCUGAUUAACCACUUGUGCUUCUCCUGAAUUUUGUAUUUGAAAAUCAAAAUUUUUGUUCAGCUCUGGUAUUUUUAUGACAUAUACUUGGAGUUCCUUUAUUUCACUGAGCGCCUACCUUUUUUGUUUGAAUCCCUACAAAGUGUUAACUCAUUAGAGUUAGAGAUAGAAACAAUAACUAUCCAAUUUACUAUGGUUCAGUAUGAUUGAUCUGAUCCUACGAGGAGAUGUUAUGGGCCAGAACUUGAAACAAAGUACUAAGUGGAACUGAGUAGACAAUGGUUAAAUCUAGUUUAGCAUUGAUUCAAUCAUACAACAAAUAAUGGUUUCCCAGUGAUACAAUGAUUGGUGUAUACUCAGUGAACAGCAUAAAAACCAAGAAGCUCUCAGGGCCAAAGAGCAUUCUGGGAGAUACAGAAGUCCACAAGCCCACCCUCGGAGGCAAAGUCAGAUUCAUUCCAUCUUCCACCUUUGUGCUGGCUGGACGCUGAAGAAAGCAGAGGCAAAGGACAAGCUGUAAGAGCUCUUGGAACCAAGCAGAGAGAUAGGCCUCUAAGAAUCUGAACUGAAACUAAGGCUGCCUCCAGAAAAUCUCCCCAAGAAACCUGCUCCCACACAGAAUCAUCAUUUAUAUUAUAAAAAAGAAGAGAACACCACACUUUUUCCUGAGGAUCCAUCAUCCGUUUUACUGGGCAGGCGAUUCCUGGUUACAAUCCUAACUCCUUUGCUCUACAGAAAUUCACAUUCCAAAUACUCUGAUCCUUUAAAGAAGUGACAAAAUCUUGUGUAUCCUGACUGUCUUCUCACUAUACUUGAAUUCUUUCUCUCUAGAUAUUUGCAAUAAAAAUUCUGGAAUUUGAC